ACUUAUUCUUGGGCCCCUCUCGGGGAAUGUAAACAGAAUUUUUUCGCAAAUAUGAAGUGACACGGCCGAUUUAUGCGGCUGCGACGUGCGUGGAAAUUACGACUCAUGAUAACCACGUUCGAUGGAGUCUGUGUUUUUAAAAGAAAAAUAAUAAUACAUUGAGGUAACGCGUUUACGGUACGUCGAGGAAAGCAUUAAUACCCAGCGGGUAAAACGGGUUUGCUCAUUUCGUUUCUCUUGCUAGUGGUGCGCGUGUAUAUUUGUGCGUGUGUGUGUGUGUGUCUUUCAAGAAGUAUACAUAGUAAAGUGGAGUGUGGCAUGAAGGUGGAUUAUUUAGAUUUCAUGGAAGUGCAAUGAGAGAUAGACAGAAAUUCGACGGCGUCAAGUCGAGGUGAUGGGAGCUCAAUAUGUCUUCAAAUACAGCAUGUUUUGGAAGACAUCCUCGAGAAAUGAAUCGAGUUUCGUUAUUAAAAUCAGAGACUAGAUCGAAGCAUGAUAAAUGUUGGUGUACAGGUGCACAUAGCAUGUCUGAGUCUUAUAAAAUUUGUGGAGACUACAUAGAUCCAACAAAUCAUGGUUGUACAGACAGAAAUCAUUUAUUAUAUCAUAAAGAUAAAGCACAUUUAAAAAAUGAAGCAAAUGAUUGUCCAAUAUAUAACAAAUGUGAUGUUAAAAUGUGCUCCAUUUGUCAGUGUUCAUUAGAAAAGGAAGUUACAUGUUUUACGUGUAAAUGUGAAAUAAGGCAAAGUGAUUGUUGUGAUUUAACGAAGAAUUGUUUGUGCACGUGCAGCUAUUUUAACUUGUUAAAUAGAUCUUCUGUAACAAGAGAUUAUUCUGAUUAUAGUUUAGGUUUAUCAGUUGCACAAUCAACAGAUAUUAAAUGGAAGAGCCAUACUUGGAGGACAAUUUUUAUAAUUAUUAUUGGCAUGUUAUGUACAAAUAUCUGUAAUGCAGAUCCCAGUCAGUGCGCAGUUGGUUUAAAAACUCCUGGAUGGACUUGGCCACAAGGUGACAUUGUUCUUGAAUAUGGUCAACCUUUGAAAAUUCUUUGUAUAUUAAAUAAGACAUAUAUAGACACUACAUUUCCUGGAAAAAAUUCUUCUGAUCUAGUAUUCUUUCGCAAUAUGAAAGAAAUGGAACCAGAAUAUAUUACUAUUAUCAAUGAAACUACAAUAUCAAUGUAUGUAGAAAAACCACCACCUGCAGAAGAUAUGUAUUAUUGUAAAUUGAGAUUAUCUAAUGAUCAUAAUAAACAACAUGAAGCAGUUUGUUUGAAUAAAGUUGUUAUUGGUUUUAAACCCCAAGAACCGCAGAACUUCAGUUGUAUAUCUUACAAUUGGGAAAAUAUGAUUUGCUCCUGGGAUCCAGUGCAAAAUUAUGUUACUACAAGAUUUACCUUAGUAUUUAAGUUACCUGGAAGAGCAGGAGGCCGGAAGUUAUAUCCUUGUCCGAAACAAAAUAAACCAAAUACUUGUUUAUGGGAUGCAUCUACAAAUCCAAUAUACAGACAACCAUAUGAGUAUUACACAUUUAUAUUAAAUAUAGAAAAUGUACUGGGAAAUAUAAGUGUAUCAUAUAAAUUUCAUCAUUUUGCUCAUGUUAUACCAGCAAAACCAGCAAAUUUAUCAGUAAUUAAUAAAACAUCAGAUAGUGCAAUCUUACAUUGGAGUGUGCCAUUUCCAAUGCAAAAUUUUCCUCCUGGUUUACAUCACAGAAUCACCUAUCAAAAUCAAUGGGAUCAUCAAAAGUCUUGGCAGAUAAUCAAUAUUACAAAUGAAAUACACAUGCCCAAAAGAUAUUACAAUCUUACUGGAUUGAAAUAUGCUAAUACUGGUUAUGAUGUCCGUGUUUUUAUGAAAAGUGCACUAGCAGUAGGAGAAGAUAAAUGGAGUAAAUUCAGUGAUAUUACGUUUAGAACACCAGCAAGAUUGCCUGCAUUACCACCACGUACUGAUAUUGGAAGUUUUGAAAUAGCAGAGAAUAACAUUAACAGAGAUAUAUAUUUAUAUUGGCAAGCUAUACCUCAAUAUUUGGAAAAUGGUGAUAAUUUUAAAUAUCAAAUUGAUUAUGUAGAAGAAAGUGGACGAAAAUUAGCUCUUAUACCAAAUGAGACAACUAGAACAUAUGCAAAAUUCAAAGGGAUAAGUUUCAAUAGUUAUCGCUUCGAAAUUGUUGCAGCAAAUAUAAUUGGUAUGAGUAAAGAGAGAUCUAAAAUAUUUGUACCAAGCAAAUUUGAAAUUCCACGUGAACCAGUAGCAUUUACUAAAAUUGCAUUCGACGGAGGUUUAUAUGAAUUAUCAUGGAAACCACCUAGUAUGAAUACAGAAAUUACAAAUUACACUAUAUUUUGGUGUGAUAAUGAGCGCGAUCGACCUUAUCAAUGCACUGGUUAUUUGGAUUGGGUCCAUGUAUCAAAGAAUACUACAAUUUAUAAUAUGACUGUACCUGACGCAAAAAAAGUGUAUCAGUUUGCAAUUUCGGCAAAUACAAAAAAAGGAAGUAGUGGAAUGGUUUGGGCAUCAUGUACAGUAAUUCAUAAUAAAGUUGUAGGCAAAAUGAAAUCUGUGUGGAUAAAUCGUAUUGGCUCUGAUUUUAUUGAAGUUGGAUGGAAAUUGGAUUGUUCCGACCGUAUUGGCAUUGUAGAAGGAUUUAAUAUUUAUUAUUGUCCAAUAAUGUCUCCAUUUAAUCUCAAUUGUAAAGGUUCUAAAUUAAAUACUACCAUUAAAGCAGAUCCUCAUACAAUACAUGGCAUAGUAAAUAACUUAAAACCUUAUACUACAUAUAUGUUGGCUGUGGCUGUAUUAACAAAAAGUGGAGAAGGUUUACAUAGUGAUCCUUUAUACAAUACAACUCUUGAAGCUGCACCAAGUACACCGCCAAAGGAUGUUACAAUCGUUAACGUUACAAAUACAACAAUGUUUAUAACAUGGAAACCACCUGAUGCGAUGAAUGGUGUACUUCGAUAUUAUGAAGUUUAUUAUAAUGGUCGUGCACAAAAAGUUGAAGAAGCUAAUCAUAUAGAAUUAAAGGAGCUUUUAGCGUACAAAAAUUAUAGCGUUAAUGUUGCUGCUUGUACUGUGUCUUGUAGCGUAAAAUCUCCAACAAUUUAUAAAGUCACGGAAAUAGGCGUACCCGGAAAAAUUCAUGUACCAAAUGUACGAUUUAUGAAUUCGAGUCAAGUAAUUGUCAUAUGGUCUAAACCACAGAAUUCAGCUGGUCAUUUAGAUUAUUAUGAAAUAUUUUCUAGUGAUGGUGAAAUUCAAAAUAGUACAAAGACUGACGCCCAGUUGCCAAUUCCUGAUUGUAAAACUGUAGGUAGAGAAAGACUUUACCAAUUUCGUGUAAGAGCUGUUAAUAUAGCUCCAGAUAACACUUAUCUAAAAGGACCUUGGUCAGAUCCUGGAGAAGGAAACUGCUACAGUGAUGGACCAUCAUUUAAAGUAUGGGUAGUUAUAUGGGUGAUUGGUAGUCUGAGUGGUGUAGCUUUCCUUUUUUGUCUUGCAUAUACGUCUAAGAGGAUGUGGCUGAAGUGUAAGGCUAUGCAAGAUGUUGAAGUCAAAUUACCACCAGGACUUGCACCAAAUAUGAAACUGCUUCAAAAAGGGGGAGAGCAACAUAUACGACAAUCUUCUGCUGAUUCAAGCGGAUGUUCAAGUGGACAAGAGUCUGUUACAUCUUCUCUUACAUCAGAUUCACAAGUUUCUAGUGAUAGUGGAACAGAAAUAGAUCCAAUACCAGUCUCACCUAACAAAUUGCUUGAAACUUUACCAGCUUGGGAAUCAUCUAGUCUUCGCCAGAGAAAUGUUGGUGUCACUAGACCUGUACUAGUAACAGAAACUGCUCGUUGGGAUUCUUAUGUAAAGGUGGCAAAAUCUGGAGAACCAAUAAUAGGAGAUACAUCAUCUUUAGCAAGAUCAACUCCUAAUUUAACUGAUAGUACAGGUUAUACUACUUCUCAACAUACAUGGUCAUCAACAGGAUAUAUUAGUAUGCCUUCAUCUGAAGAAUUAUCCAGUAAUCCAAGCUUGGUUCCCAAGGAACCUUUCAAUGCUGGCUGUUACAGUAUAAUUGAUGGAAUUUCUAAACCUAUGAGAUCUAAAUCAGAAGAAAAUGCAGAAAUGACUGAAACUGUUGGCAUUAAAACAGAGAACAAACUCGUUAAUCCAUAUAUAACUUUGGCAUCUCUAGAACAGAAAGGAAAAGAUAAGAAAGUUACAGAUUCAUUCCAUGAUCUUGACGAUAUAACAUUUACAGAACGAAAUAAAUUAAAAUCCGAAACUAUAACGCCACUUUCCGUUUCAGAUAAAACUUCUAAACCAUAUGUACAAACAGGUAUAAUAGAUACAUUGAAAAAACCAUUUAAUUUAACCAAUACAGAUUCUAAGAGAAGUAUGGUAUCUACUCCUUUUGCUUCAACAUCUUUAACAGAUUCUUGUAAUAAACCGUUCGUUUCUUCUUUUAUAAGUCCAACUACGUUAACACAAACUUUGAUUGAUUCAUCAUCAAAGCCGUAUGUUACCGUGUCAUCAAUACCUGAAAUAACAAAAAAGUCAAGUGCCGUAACUAGUUCAUUGGAUUCCUCACAAAAAUCAUGUGUUCCACAUAGUACCACAGAUGGGACAUCAAAACCAUAUGUUCUUGCAACAUCUGUUUUUCACAUGCUACAACAGCAAAGAGAAAAAACAGAAACUUCCAAUUCAGAAAUACAUGAAGGUGAAAGUGAUGAUUCUCCAACAUCAUCUCCUUUAUACUGGCAGUCAGGUGGAAAUCUGAAACCAAGCAUAGGAUUGGAUACUGAUAAAAUGGUGCCUGUUACUAAUAAAAGCUCUGGAUAUGUAACCAUUGCAGAAAAUCCAAAAUUAGAUCAACAAAUACCAUCUACAACAUCGUCAUCUUAUACACAACAUGAUAGAUUUGAUAAGCCACUGCCACAAACUAUUGGUCAGUCAUCAGACGAACAAUAUUGUAAAGUGACAGUUGUGCCAAGUACAAUGCAAUGAGAAGAAGUAAAUUAACUUUUGAUGGUUAUAGAAUUUAUACUUUAUGUUAAUAAGACUUCCUUUAUAGUGAAGAUAAAACAUAAUGAAUCAUGUGGUGCAAUAAAACGAUGUGUCCGUAGGUGCUUGAAGAAUGCAGUUAAACAUAGUUCAUCUAUGAUUUAAAAAAUGUAAUCAUUUUAAUGAGGGCCUUGGACAUUAUAUCCUGUAAAAUAUAGAUGUACAUAAUGAUGUA